AUGUCAGACGUAGAAUAUCUAAAAAGUUUACUUGGUGUACAUCCUGAUUUCCCCAAAAAGGGAAUAACAUUCCUAGAUAUUUUCCCAAUCCUUCAAAACCCUAUAGCAUUCGAAACUCUCAUAACUCAUAUAGUUCAUCACAUACUCAUAACUCAUCCAACUCCACCAGAUAUAAUCGUAGGACUCGAUGCCAGAGGUUUUCUGUUAGGUCCUAUGAUAGCAUCAAGAUUGAAAACUUCUUUCGUACCCGUUAGAAAAGGUGGUAAAUUACCAGGAGAGACUGAAAAUGUUACGUAUGAUAAAGAAUAUGGAAAAGAUGUUUUUGAGAUACAAAAAGGUUCUGUGGGUAAAGGAUCUAGAUGUUUGGUCAUUGACGACCUCAUAGCUACUGGCGGAUCAGCAGCAGCAGCCGGUCAAUUAAUCGAGAAAUCCGGUGGUGUGACAAUAGAAUAUAUAUUCAUAAUCUCUCUUCCUUUUCUUAAAGGAGAAGAAAAAUUGAAUGCUCCUUGUUAUUCUCUCAUCCAAGCAGAGGAUUGA